CUUUGAAGUCAUCCGAAAUAGUGGGUAUAACGCUUGGUGUUCUAGUAUGUGUUAUUUUCGCCCUCAUUGGACUCGUCUAUGCAGUGAGUUGACUCGUCAAAAUAGCAAAGACAGUGGUUAUGAGAAAACACCUCCUUUGGACAAGAAAAUGAAAGGAAGCAACAUAAUAAUAAACUUACCAUAUGAUUACCUGUGUGCUACUGCCUUUACAAAUGAAACACAAGAUACAACAGCAUCGCACUGCGUUCCUUCAGGAACCCCUGACAAAUCAAUGAUAGUAUCUGAAAUGUCAAGAGAUGAUGAAACAUCCAUAGGCGACUAUCCUUUACAACUUAAUACUCUUAAGUGCACAUCUGCGGAAAGCAUGUACUCAUGUAAACAAGACAACUGUGUUGGCGAUUUAUCAAAAAAAGAAAACACAGACCUUGUUGAAUGCGCUAAGCAGUUGUCAAAUUGUAUUGAUACAAAUCAUAACAAUAUUUCUAUAUUGCCCACUAAGUAUGUUUGUCUUGAAAACAACAUAGAAUCAGUAGCACACAAUGAUGAUAGCACUGACAAAUCUAAUCCUUACAUUACACCAACACACCAGUAUUUAUCCAGGGUUCAAUUACAUUCGUUUUCUACGGAUAUAUUCAAGCAAGAUCAUGACCAAGAGCAACAAACAGAUACAUGCAAUUUACCCGAUCAGUCUCAAAAGUGCGGAAUAAUCAGAUCUAUCAAUGCAUCAAAUUACGUUCCUUUUGAUGCCACAAGUUUCAUACCAUCUCAACCUGACACUGACAAUGCCGGAUCGGAAGAUACUGAAAUUCCAGAAAGUAGCGAUUCGAUUGUCUCUCCUAAACUAGAUAUUGAUUUGACGUUUUUGUCCGCUUUCGGCAAUGCACCAGGAAUGAAUCCGGAAUCGCCAUCUUUUUCAACGAUGACUGAGUCUGUUAAAAAUGCCACUUCUAAUGAUGAUGCCUAUUCCUCUCAAAUCCCUGUUGAAUUUGACCAGAGGAAAGAUUCAGGUACUGUCGCCGAUUUGGAUACAAUCGAUGAUCACAACCAGCUUCAAUAUUGUAUUAAAUAUGCAUCUGACGAAGAACAAAAUCUAAGUUCUGUUCCGUCAUCUGAUGAAGAGACGCCUUUCUGCAGCAGCCAUGAACAAAAGCCUAAAUCAAAUUUUACAAGCGAUUACGUUCCUCAUUCGCUUGCAAAUAUUGUCCAAUAGAAAUGUCAUUCACGGGAUCCCUUGAGAGAAAACAGUCAAGAUGCAAAUACUGACACGACCAAACAUGCCAAAUAUAAAGAUGAUAUGGAAUUGAGCAAUUAUUCUCAUUAUGUAGCUGGACAAGAGAGCAGCAUACCGUUGUCGUCUACUCACACACAACGCUCGGCAUGAAUCAAGGGAUGCAGAAACCGUAUUACUAUGGCAUCAAGUGCUCAUAGAUUUUCAGCAAAUAUUGGAAAUGGCAUUGUUAGGUAUAUCGAUAUAUAUACAAACAUUUUUUUAAAGAACAAGAGAACAAUAUAACUUUUAUAAAUACAUAACACAUUUUGAAACAUUGGAUAAAACACAGGAUUUCUUAAGGCAUGUAAUGUUUUACUUGGAAAUAUUGUUCAUGGUCAUAACUGUAAACUAUGUAUACUAUGUAAAAAAUAGUUUAUAUUGUCUUUGCUGUAAAUAUUGUGCCAAAUAAUGAUAUAUUCAGUUUAUACUGUACAAAACCGUAAACAUUUAUAACGAAUAUAUAUUUGUUUAUGAUGAUCAUAAGUACAGUAUAAUAUCUGUUUGUUAUAUAUUUGUGUAUGCUUUCUUUCCCAACGGUAAUAAUAAUUAUCACCAACUGUAGACGUCCAUCUAGGAUAUGAAUGUAAUGUAUCAAUUCAAAUUUGAGUCUAAACCUUGUGCGAUGUAUGAAUGUUAUUUUUAUCUCUAAAAGAGUUUUUCAUAUACAAAGGAGAAAGGAAAUAUUGUAAAUAAUUAGUUUAGGUUUACUUGUAUAUACAUGAUCGUUUUUAUAUAUGUCAAGCGAACUUGCAGUUCAUUUUCUAUUGUUUCAUGUUGUUUACUUUGUAUUGCUUCUUUAUUAAAUAGCUUGUGUGGAAAAA